GCGGAUUGUGGCGAAGCGGCGGAACGGCCUUGCUUUGCUUGUUGCCUCUUUAAAGUCGCCGAGCCUGGGCAUGCUCAGUAGGCAGGCUCGGUUUGGGUCCACAGGUCGGAAGCUUGUGCACUGCUCCAGCGCCGAGCCGCCGCGGGGAAAAAAUGGAGCCGUUCACCAGUGAUCGGCUUCAGCUCCCCAGGAACAUGAUUGAAAACAGCAUGUUUGAGGAAGAGCCGGAUGUGGUGGAUUUAGCCAAAGAACCUUGUUUACAUCCCCUGGAACCGGAUGAGGUAGAAUAUGAGCCUCGAGGUUCAAGACUGCUUGUUCGUGGUCUUGGGGAACAUGAGAUGGAUGACGAUGAAGAGGAUUAUGAGUCAUCUGCAAAACUGCUGGGCAUGUCUUUCAUGAACAGAAGCUCAGGUCUUCGGAAUAACAUAACUGGCUAUAGACAGGGUCCUGAUGGGGUCUGUUCACUGCCUUCUGCAAGGACCAUGCUAGUUUGUACUUUUGUCCUUGUGGUCGCUAUUUCUGUAAUAAUGGUGAUUUACCUUCUUCCCCGGUGUACCUUUACCAAAGAAGGCUGCCAUAAAAAAAAUCAGUCCAUCGCAUUAAUACAACCUAUUGCAAGUAAUGGGAAGCUGUUUCCCUGGGCACAGAUUAGACUUCCCCAAAACAUAAUGCCAUUACGAUAUGAACUCACCAUAUACCCAAACCUCACCACAAUGGAAUUCAGUGGUUCUGUGGAGAUACAGAUUCAGGUCCUUAAGGUCACUCAGAAUAUUAUUCUUCAUAGCUCUGGGCUUAAUAUCUCCAAAGUAUUCCUUACUUCAGUACUUUCAAAGCAAGAGAAACAAGUUGAAUACUUGGAAUAUAAAUUUCAUGAACAAAUUGCAAUUAUAUCACCUGAAGCACUUUUGGAAGGACACAACUACACCCUGAAGAUAGACUACUCUGCAAAUAUAUCCAACAACUACUAUGGAUUUUAUGGAAUGACAUAUGAAGAUAAAAAUAAUGAGAAAAAGUACUUUGCAGCAACUCAGUUUGAACCUCUUGCCGCAAGGUUGGCUUUUCCCUGUUUUGAUGAACCAGCAUUUAAAGCAACGUUUCUCAUCAAGAUUGUGAGGGAGGAACAAUAUACAGCUUUGUCAAAUAUGCCCAAGAAGUCAUCUAUUCAAAUGGAAGGCAAUCUUAUUAAGGAUGAAUUUUUUGAGAGUGUGAAAAUGAGUACAUAUCUAGUUGCCUUCAUUGUGGGAGAAUUGAAGAAUAUGACCCAAGAGACCAAUGGAACUCUGGUUUCCAUUUACACUGUGCCACAGAAGAUUGACCAAGUCAGACCUGCUCUUGAUACAGCCGUGAAGCUUCUUGAAUUUUAUCAGCACUAUUUUGAAAUCAAUUACCCUCUUCAGAAAUUAGAUUUGGUAGCUAUUCCUGACAUUCAAGCUGGAGCUAUGGAAAAUUGGGGUUUGAUCACUUUCCGAGAAGAAACGCUCUUAUGUGAUAAUAACACUUCUUCAGUAAUGGAUAUAAAGCUGGUUACAAGAAUAAUUGCACAUGAACUGGCCCACCAGUGGUUUGGCAACCUGGUAACUAUGCAGUGGUGGAAUGAUCUUUGGCUAAAUGAAGGAUUUGCUACUUUCAUGGAGUAUUUCUCCUUGAACAAAAAUUUCAAAGAGUUAUCGAGUUAUGAGGAUUUCUUGAAUGCUCGUUUUAAGACCAUGAAGAAGGAUUCUCUGAAUUCAUCUCAUGCAACAUCAUCUUCUGUUCAGUCUUCAGAACAAAUUGAAGAAAUGUUUGAUUCCCUUUCAUAUUUUAAGGGAGCAUCUCUUUUGUUAAUGCUGAAAAGUUUUCUGACUGAAGACAUAUUUCAGAGUUCCAUCAUACUUUACCUACACAAUCACAGCUAUGCAUCUAUUCAAAGUGAUGACCUUUGGAAUAGUUUUAAUGAGGUUACAAAAACUCUGGAUGUAAAAACAAUGAUGAAAACUUGGACCCUGCAGCCAGGAUUUCCGUUAGUGACUGUUCAAAGAAAAGGGAAACAAAUUACAGUACAACAAGAGAGAUUUUUUCUAAAUACCACAAAUUCUGGAAUUCAUCCUUUGGAUUCAAGCCAUCUGUGGCAUAUUCCACUCUCCUACAUCAUUAGUGACUGUAAACCACAUGAAUGUACCCAGGUGGCAUUACUAGACAAAAAAUCAGAUGUCCUCAAUCUUACAGAAGAAGUACAGUGGGUUAAGUUCAAUGUGGAUAUGACUGGGUACUACAUAGUACACUAUGCAGAAGAUGACUGGGAAGCACUAAUUAAGCAAUUGCAAAGAAACAUUAGUGUCUUGAGUGACAAAGACCGAGCUGGCCUUAUCAACAAUAUUUUUGAACUUUCAAGCCUAGGAAAGGUGUCUCUGAAAAAGGCCUUUGAUCUGAUUGAUUACCUUGGAAAUGAAACUCACACUGCACCAAUCACUGAAGCCCUCUUCCAAACCACUAUUAUCUAUGAUCUGCUUGAAAAGAUUGGAGAGAUAGAGCUAGCCAAAAGAAUGGUGACUAGGGUGGCAAAAUUGCUUCAACACCAAAUCCGACAACAAACUUGGACUGAUGAGGGGACCCCAUCGAAGAGAGAACUUCGGUCAAUCCUGUUAGACUUUGCCUGUGCCCAUAGUCUGGAGAACUGUAGCACAGAAGCCUUGAAGCUAUUUCAAGAUUGGGUAGAUUCCAAUGGUACUAAAAGACUGCCGACCGAUGUCAUGCACGUGGUGUUCAAAGUUGGAGCAAAAACUGAGGCAGGCUGGACGUUCUUGUUUGAAAAGUAUGGCUCUUCAGAAUCGGAAGCCGAAAGAAACAAAAUCCUUGAAGCUCUUGCCAGCUCAGAGGAUGUACGGAAACUUCACUGGUUAUUGAAAGCUAGUCUUGAUGGAGAUAUCAUCCUAUCACAAAAGCUGUCUAUCAUCAUUAAAGCUGUUGGCCAAAGUUUUGCUGGGCAUUUAUUGGCAUGGGAUUUUGUCAAAGAGAACUGGAGUAGGCUUGUACAAAAGUUCCAUUUAGGAUCCUAUACCAUUCAGAGUAUCGUUGCUAGUACAACUCAUCUGUUUUCAACAAAGACACAUUUGUCUGAGGUACAGACAUUCUUCGAAGCCCAGUCAGAGGCAACCUCACAACUCCGCUGUGUCCAGGAAGCCAUUCAGAUCAUCCAGCUGAAUAUCCAGUGGAUGGAAAAGAACUUAAAAAAUCUAGCUUUCUGGCUGUAGGGUACAUGACAUCAUCUCUUUGUGUUGGCCAUUCAGAAAGUUUGUGAAAUGUUGAUCUCUUGUUGCUUUUGCAAAAGCCAGGGUAAAACCAGGCAUCACUGCAAUGCUGUUUGCACUAUUAGGUAUUCUAGUGAGCUCAGGGCACAUCCUUUUGAUAUUUUGUCUGUGUCCCUUAGAGUGCCUGUGGGCAGGAUGUAGGCUGUUUAUUAUGUGCUCACCUGUGUCCACCAAACAUCUACAUGAAUUUUUAAAUUAAAAACAUACAAAUGGAGAGGGAUGGGGAGGCAAGACUCCAUUUUGAAACUGGUUUGGGUUCUUGAUAUUUGAAAAGGGUUGACACAGUCAAACAAGAGAAGAGUUACUAUGUAAGCGUCCUUCUUUGCAAAAUCCUGGUUUAUCAGUGUCCCUUGUGCCAAGCCCCUGGUUGCUUCAUGGUUUAUAGGCCCUGUUUAGAACAUGAGGCCUAGUAAAACCUCAGAAAGUCUAAUAGUGAAGCCAGAUAAUAAAACAUACAGCUAUAGCAAAUUAAAGCCAAGUGUUAAUAUUGGUUUGGGCUUGAAAUUAUGAGUAUCCAACUUUUUUUAUUUUAUUAUAAGUAGGAUAUAGAGCCGUUGUAUGUAUUUUUGUUUGCUGAGUAGCCAGGUGCUACAGAUAUUAAAAAUAUCUAUUAUAUAUGAAAGCCAAAUAUCAGGAAAGAGUCUAAAUUGUUGAGUCUAUUUUGAUUUUGUAUAUAUGUAUGUGUGUGUUUGUAUGUUCAUAUAUCUGGACAUAUGUGUGUUUAUAUUUACUUUUUGGGCAGCCCCUAAAACAUUGCCGUAGGAAAUUGCUUUAGGUUGGAUCAGAUGUUCAUUGUAGUUAAUUUUUUCCUUAAGUACUGUUUUUGCCACACAAUUUCCUCCCCACUUCAUAAAAACCCUAACCCCAAACCACUCCUGUAUCCACCAAUAUCAGCCCAAUAUCAGGGAGUGGUCCCUAACCUUUGAAUUUAGGGGCAUAUCAUUCAAUGCUAUCUAUGUCUUAUGUUCUGGUAGCACUGGUGUCUUUUAAGUUUGACUCUCCAUUGCUUUAGUUGCAAUACAGAUUAAAUAAAUUUAAUUGUCCUUACUGAUGUAUUUUUAUUUGACUUGUUGAAAAAAGUAUAUUGGGCUAUAGUUUUAAUUGAGGACAUUUUAGAAACCAAAAUAUCUUAUGUGAUAUUUUACCUUUUACCUGGAAGGAAUAUAGUAUGAAAAGGAAGUAAAUGAAGCUGAUUAUAAAAAUAUAUGACUUUGAAUUUUUCCUGCUUUUAGGAACAGUACAUAAUUUAAAACAUCUUUUUCUGUUGUUUUGAUUUUAAAGUAACAAUUAGCUUUAAGGAAAUAGUAAAGAAAACCCCUCCCAACCCUAAAGCAGGUGUGAACUGUGGAUUCUUUCUCUGAAACUAUGGGGGAUGUACCUGAAUAAUUUGAACUAUGCAGACAUAGUCGCAGAUUAUUGUGUUUCACUCAUUCUUAGGAGAAAAGAUUCCUUCUCCAAAUUCUUGUUUCUUUCACAAUUUGCUUUAAAACAAUUUCUGUUUUUAAAAAUAGACCCUUUUGUGUGCACUUUAAAAAUGUGCAUAGUUGAAAGAUAGGAAAGGGUAUAUUUUUCAUUCAAUAGGAUCAACUUAUUAGUCAAAUAUCUAUUAUUUUAAGUUAUAUGGGAGAUCAUGUAUGAAAUCAUAUUUUAUUUUGUGUAAAAUAUUUUUAUAUUGAAUUUAAAAGUAAAGCAAGUUAGGUAAUAACCUUUUUAAAAAAGGAAAUGAUAGUCUUUUUUUUUUCUCCAGUGCAAUUUCUUUCCCACUCCUUAUCUCCAUCAGUUUCAGAAUAGAAAAUAUGAUACCCUCACAGUCAUGGUCAGAUACCAGGGUGCUGUGUAGAGACUAUUGGGAAUAUGCUUAGAAAAGCAAAGGACAGAUUAAUUGAUGUGGGAAACUAUCAUCAGCCUAAAUUUGGAAGUGGGGGUGGAGGAACACACAUUUAAUCUUUGGAGAAUUUUUUUUUUACCAUGUCAUAUUAAUAAAGUAUUUUACAUUUCUCUUUGAUACUUCUCAGAUUUAGAAAUAGAGAUUCCUUAGUCAUACUUGCCCUUUGUUAUACUGUUGUACAAUAUGUGUAGCACAUUUUGAGUCUCUAAGGCAUAUUUCCUCUUAUAAAAUUUACUUGUUCUUUUUAACUUUGGCACUAUAAGUAGAACCAAAUAUUCUGUGCUGAGCAUUAUGGAAGAAGAGAUUUCUCUUGAUCCGUUGCUUACCUCUUCUUCAAAUGUUGUUUAUUUCCAUGCCUCAGUUUUGUGCCCAUGGAGCUAAAUACGUAUAAAGUGUUUGGCAUAUUCUGAACUGAUGCACACGACAACUGUUUUUGAAACUAUAUCCCGAAACUGAGGGAUUCAUGAUUAAAAUGCAGUGGAAACAGUUUUGUACAAAAUCUUUUUUUUUUUUUUUAGAAUCUUUUCAGCCUCUAAACUUUAUCUCACCUAAGACACUGGGAUAGUGAGGCCCAGUAGAUGGAAGCAUAGGAACCAAAGCAUAUUUUUGAAUAAACACGUAGAUUCAUGGCUGAAAAUUAUGACUCAAAUAAAGUAGAGUGAAUACCUUGUACACAUAGAGUUUGGACACAUAAUCUAGUAGAGAACAGUGGAGGAAAAUUCAUUCAUUUUGAAGCCAUGGCACUGAAAGUUGGUAAAAUAUGUUGCCCAAAAUAUGUUAUAUUCAAUAUACAAAUCAUUGGAUGUUUUAGUCUGCAAAGAAUUUUGAAACGUCUUUCAUAAGCUAGUGCCUUUUUCCAUCUCAUCAAGCUUAUUUAUAAGCCACUUUUAAAAGAUACUGUGGUGUUUGGUCAUUGUUGGAGAGUUUCAUAUAUUCCAAGAAUCUACGAUGAUUCUAUUCCAUCCCAAAUUCCAACCUACACUCAUUUUAUUCCCAAAUGGCUAUUUAUUAAUAUCUAUUUUUGUAAAUAUGGAGAAUAAAAUGUGAACAACCUAUAUAAUCUUGUUUCCCAAAAUUGACUGGAUUUAGAAUCAGAUUGAUAGAACUCAUAAUUUGAAAGUGUUAAAAAUAAUAUCAAGAGAUCUCAAGACAGUAAAUAUUGUGAGUUGAGCUAGUCAGUCAACAAGCAUUUAUUUAUUAAAGCACUCGUGGUGCCAAUAGCCUACUGAGAAUAGGGACAUUGAGUAAGAUUAUGAAAGCACCAAGCCUAGAAUUAUGCCAUGAAGAACUGUAACCUGUAGCCAAACCAUUCAUCGCACAUUCAGAGAACUUAAAUAUAUUUUUUCAUGUGAGGAUUGGAGGAUUAUAUCCAUUUUAGAAGAUAAAUAAUUUUUAAGGACUGUAGCUAUUUGGGCUAGGUUUUUAGAGCUCCCUCCUUUCUCCUAUCCCCAGAUGCUUUUAUUUCCUCCUGGGGUAUAUUUGGUAUGGUGUGUGUAUUUCUUUUUUUCUAAAUGUACAUAGUGCAUCCAUGAUUUGGUUUUGCUACUUUUUUCAAUCAAUUUUUUCAGGGACUAGUUAAUUUUUAGGAGUCAAUAUAGAUGGCUAUGUUUAUCUAAUGCCUACAAGUAUAUUUGGCAACCUUUAGUACACCUGUUUUAUAACAGCCUUGGAAUCUCACUAGUUUUCCUUGCUUUAAGCUGGCUCUUUGCCACUUGGCUUAAAGUCGCAUUAGUGCGGUGUCCUUGUUAAUGGUAGCAGAUGUGGAGCAAAUGAGAUAAGUUACUGUUUAGAAAGAUCAGUAGCUUUUGUUACAGAUCAGUUUAUGGAAACAAAUCAUAUCCAUCAUUUAUGAUGAAUAAAAAAAUAUUGAAAAUCUCAGGAAAGCAAAGUUUUUAGAAGUGUGUAUAUUUGGGUGGGCAGUAAAAGAAAGCUCACAGGAGAUUAAUCUUCCAGUAAUAUAAAAAUAAAGCUGUGUGGGGGUGGCUAGGUGGCGCAGUGGAUAAAGCACCGGCCCUGGAGUCAGGAGGACCUGAGUUCAAAUCCGGCCUCAGACACUUGACACUUACUAGCUGUGUGACCCUGGGCAAGUCACUUAACUCCCAUUGCCUCACUAAAAAAAUAAAAUAAAAUAAAAUAAAGCUGUGUACAGUCCUAUGAAAUAAUAUUGGCUGUUAACAAGAUUAAAAAAUGCAGCCCUCCUGAGAAUUGUUAUGUAAGAGAUCUGUCUAUAGAAUGCAGUUUUAGUUGCUUCAGUAAUGUGUGGAGUAUGUACUUAGUAAGUAGGGUCAACAGUCAACAAUAUUUACUAAGCACCUGCUAUAUGCCAGGCAUUGUGCUCAGCUCUAAUGUUACCACCCUCCGGCCCCCUCCCCCAAAAUAAAUAAAAGGUUAAAGACAGCUUUUCCUUUCAAGGAGCUCAGUCUAAUGGGGAAGGCAGCAUGUCUUGUGUACAAACAAGCCCCAUGCAAGAUAAAUUGGAGAUAAUGCAGAGAGGAAAGGGGAAUCAGGAAAGGCUUCUUUUAGAAGGUGGAGUUUUAGCGGGGACUCCAGGAAAGCCAGGGGACAGAGAUAGGAGUGAAAGAUUUCCAGGCACAAGGGACAGCCAGUGAAAAGCAUGGAGGCCGGGGACAGAGAGUCCGGUGCGAGGAACAGCAGGGAGGCUGGGAUUGUUGGAUUUCAGAGAAUUGGGCCUGGGGGUAAGAUGUAGGAAGACUUGAAAGGUAUGGGGGGGUGGGGAGCAAAUUCUGAAGGGUUUUGAAUGCCAGAGUGUUUUAUAUUUUAUCUUGGAGGUAAUAGGGAAUCCCUCAAGUUUAUUCAGUAAGGGGUUAACAUGGUCAGGCUUGCAGUGAGUGGAGGAUGACCUGGCCUGUUCAGCUCUGAGGUGAUGAGGGCCUCCACCAGGGUAUGGAAAAUUGGAUAAUGUUUUCCAACGUGUGUUCCUGCAUUGCCAUCCAAUACAUAGAUGGGUAUAAGGUUCUCUACACUGCACCACAUCAAAUACGAUGUUAGUAGGUUUUUCUCUCUUGUGUCUGUGUGCUAGGGAUUUCACCCAUGCCCCCCAAACCUGAUCUGUGACCCCAUCCUUGUCAACCUGUUUUUUAUUAGAUAGAACAUUCCUUUUUCUGAUUUAAUUUUUGCUGUUGCCUGUCUUAGAGGAUGUUAUCUUUUAUUGCACUCUGAAAUGUAAAAUAAGCCUGCCUAGUUAAGUGUACAUUUUGGUAUGCUUUUCAUGCAUCCACCAGACCUGUGUGUUAGCUUGUAGCAUUCUGGUAUCAUAUUUCACAGUUGCUUCAUCUGCCACAUGGUAAAUGUUACUGUUCCACAUUUGGCUAUAUCAAAGGAAAUGAAUGUGUAAACAUUUUAAUGGCAUCUUAACAUAAUUUGUUUUUACUGCUAUUUAUUAAGAUGCUACUCAGUCCUAAAGGUUUAUAUUACUUUAUUUUUUCCCCCCAAGGGCAUUGACUUCAGGAAUGCCAUAUGAUUUGGGGAAAAGUUGCAAACAAAUGUUAUUUACCAUAUUAAACUCUCAGGUUAUAUUGUUGAAAAAUUAGUUUAUAUUUUGCUCUUACUUAAACCUGCUGCUGUAGUAGAAUUAUAGAAGUUUAUACGUGAUCAUAAAUAAGGGAGAAAGGGCACCUUUUCUGAGUUAGUUAUGGUGGUGAUUUGGUAAAUUCUGUAUGGUUCUCAAUCUAAAAUAUUUACUUCAAAAAGAAUCAAGGUCUGGCCUGAUUGAAUAAAAUGCUCCAGAAGUUGCACUGAAUGAAAUAAACCAUCGGUAAAAUAUAUGAUAUAUAUGUGUGUGUGUGUGUGUGUGUAUGUAUGUAUAUAUGAGAAUGAUAAUACAAAUGGAGCAUUUGCAUCAACCUACUAAACUCACAUUGAGAGAAAACGAAAUCCUAUAACUAAGUCUUAGUCCGACUAAGUCUUGAUUGAAGCCAAGUACUAUAGCUAUAAAGAAUAGUAGCUUUCAAGUACUUUGGGAAUUAAUAACUUAGAAACUUGUAAAGAAAUAACACUUUUGUAUUUUAAUGCCUUUAGUAGUAUACAAUACAAAUCUUGUGUCUACACUUUGGCUGAUGAAAUUCUAAGCCUGUAUCAUAACUUGCUUUUAGGCGGAAGAUUUUUGAAAAUAGGAUGUAUAUAUGAUACUGUAUAUGCAGAUGUGUUUAGUUUCACUUGUAAAGGGGGAAAAAAGGCUUAUUUUCUUUACACUUCGAUAAAUUGUUUUGCAUAUAACUAGCACUGACUGAAAGGCAUGUGUAACUGCAUACACUGUUGCUUUUUUGUGAAAUGAAAAUAAAUAUUUAAAUACAA